GUGUACAUCCAUAGGCGGAAGUGACACUCGACAUCUUGAUGCGGAAGAGAUUCCGAACAAUUGAAGAUUUCACCAAAAUGAUAACAAAACACUAACCAGAGCUAAUAACGUCGUGUUGUAGCUAAUUGUACGUUGAUCUAUUGAGACUAGAGUAAAGUUUUAUUUUGGCAAUUGUACGUAUCCAGCAACCAUGGCUAAUAACAAUUUACAGAAAGCCAUAGAUCUUGCAAGCAAGGCUGCAGAGGAGGACAAAGCUAAAAACUAUGAGGAAGCUCUCCGGUUGUACCAGCAUUCUAUUCAGUACUUCCUUCAUGUUGUGAAGUAUGAGGCCCAGGGAGACAAGGCCAAGCAAAGCAUCAGGGCAAAGUGUGCAGAGUACCUGGACCGAGCAGAGAAGCUGAAGGAAUACCUUAAGAAGAAGGAGAAGGCUCCUCCAGCCAAGCCUGUCAAAGAGUCUGGGUCUGAUGACAAAGGGAAUGAGAGUGAUGAAGGUGAAGGUGACCCAGAGAAAAAGAAGUUCCAAAAUCAACUCUCGGGUGCCAUCGUCAUGGAAAAGCCAAACAUCAAGUGGAGUGACGUAGCUGGGCUUGAGGGUGCAAAAGAGGCCCUUAAAGAAGCUGUCAUCUUGCCCAUCAAAUUUCCUCACCUCUUCACAGGAAAGCGGACUCCAUGGAGAGGGAUCUUGCUCUUUGGCCCUCCUGGUACAGGAAAGUCUUACCUGGCCAAGGCUGUGGCCACAGAAGCCAACAACUCCACCUUCUUCUCUAUCUCCUCAUCUGACCUGGUGUCAAAGUGGCUGGGGGAAAGUGAAAAGUUGGUGAAGAAUCUAUUUAGCCUAGCCAGGGAGAACAAGCCCUCCAUCAUCUUCAUCGAUGAGAUAGACUCUCUGUGUGGCUCCAGGAGUGAGAACGAGAGUGAAGCAGCCCGCCGCAUCAAGACUGAGUUCCUGGUCCAGAUGCAGGGUGUUGGAAAUGACAAUGAUGGAGUCCUGGUUCUAGGAGCCACAAACAUCCCCUGGACAUUGGACUCUGCUAUUAGGAGAAGGUUUGAGAAGCGGAUCUACAUCCCUCUGCCUGAGGAGCACGCCCGCUCCUUCAUGUUCAAGCUACAUCUAGGCUCCACCCCCAGUGAGCUCAUUGAAUCAGACUAUGUGACCCUUGGUAAGAAGACAGAAGGCUACUCUGGAGCUGACAUCAGCGUCAUCGUGAGGGACGCCCUCAUGCAGCCAGUCAGGAAAGUGCAGUCGGCCACUCACUUCAAACGGGUCCAAGGAUCGUCAUGGAACCAUCCCAACCUCGUGGUAGACGACCUCCUGACCCCAUGCUCACCAGGAGAUCCAGACGCCAUAGAGAUGACCUGGAUGGAUGUUAAUGGGGAGAAACUCAUGGAGCCUGUUGUUUGCAUGGCUGAUAUGCUGAGGUCACUGCACAACACCAAGCCAACUGUGAACGAGCAGGACUUGGAUAAACUCAAGAAGUUCACAGAGGACUUUGGUCAGGAAGGCUAACACUCAACCAGAUAAUGCAAACCCAACUUUCCUUUUUUUUGUCCUUUUCCUCCACUGGUUCUCAGGCUUGUAUUUACUACUCUACUUUCUCUCCAAGUUACAAAGGGGUUUCAUGUAUGUUGAUUUGUUUGCUUAUUCUGCGAAUACAUACCCAUAGUACAUUACUUGUUUCUUUUUUUUUACGAAGCCAGAUAAGGUUGACUGUUUAAGAUGGUGAUGGUCUCAAAGAAAAUGGAUUCAAGCAAUGUAUUCAUAGUUUAUGCUUUAAAACACUAAAGUGUCUGUUUUUGCCUUGAUGGCAUCAAACUAACAAUGCAUGUCAUGGUGCAUUACAGCAACUCCUCCAAAAGGCCUUUACUCCUUGAAGUACAUCUAUGACUUGGCAAGAUAUAUGAGGAUUGCAGGUUUUGUUGUACUGUAUGGUGUUAGGACCUAGUUAGUUUACUUAACUAGGACCUUAACUAGGACUAGGACCUAGUUAAACUUGAACUUUAACUAGGACCUAGUUAAGUUUUUAUUUAUUUAUUCAUGUUGUAUCCAAGAAGGGCUAAGUCUGUAACGUUCACUCUGUGUUGGUGGAGUAGCACUCAUUGAAGCGGACCAUAUCAUGAUUAAAUAUCAGCAACUUUAAUUUGAUUUCAACUUCCUUUCAUUGUCUUUUUUUGUACAAUAUUCAUAUUAUUUUGCUGUAGCAAGUAAAAGUACUUUGGGAUGGGUGGGUGGGGCUAUGUUAUAAUGAAAUAAAACCCAAUGAUUGAUCUGAAUGAUGAAUCAGUAAUUGAGUGUGCAAUAAUGUUUGGUCAUUUUUUUAACCUGUACCCCUUCAAUUGUACUUCAUACAUUUUUGCCCACUUCAAAUGUUUUGUACAAGUUGUGCCUUGAAAGAGAAUCAAUGUAUAUCCUCUCUCACUUACUACUAAAGCCGAUGAAAGACACCCUAUGAAAGAGACACAUAUUCAGACAGUUACUUACUUAUGAUUGUAUACAGUUCUUUCUAUAACCUCUGACUUAAAAACACAAAAAAUGCUAUAAAUCUCAAUGUACAGUAUAGUCCAUCAUUCUCAUUUGAGCUGUUCACAAAUAUUGUCUGGUCAUUGGUAUGAGAUUAGUGUAGCGUUGAACAAUGCUGAGAAGGGAGGGAUUUUUCUUCAUAAAAGAAGAAUGGUCAUUAUGUUUUCUUUUGAAAAUACUGUUAACAUCUAUGGCUGUGGGGUUUCCUAGAAAUAUAUAUUCAGGUUUUUUUUCUGGGAUGUUCAAGAGGUAUCCAGUUGUGUUCUAAUCUUGGUGUAUAUGUAAAUAAAAAUAUUACCUGUAUCGAAAUUA